AUGUACCGUCUUCUCUACACCUCUCGUCAUCCUGCUAUCGCAUCGUCUUCCUCCGGCAAGUUUCUCGGGCUCGCACGCUGUAUUACGACUUCACCGCAAACUCUGCAUACAUCUAUAAAUCAGCAGGACUCACGACUCUGUAUCAAACGCACCAUGUCUCAGAAGAUGAACGGCAUCAAGACUAAUGGAACUCACCUAGAGAGCUUCGGGAAUUUCGAUUUGGUCAAGCAAGUCAAGCUCGAUUUCGCGGAUAUCCUGCUCUCGAAGUGGAAGAGCAGGGUCACUGGCUUGUCUGUAGUCCACCUAGACUAUGAAGCUCCAAUUGUCAACGGCUAUUUUGUGGUCGCCACUGAGAUCUUCAAUGAUAGCGGAUGUCCUCAUACACUAGAACAUCUGGUUUUUAUGGGCGCGGAACAAUAUCCUUACAAAGGCAUCAUCGAUCACUUUGCGAAUCGUGGAUUUUCGAAUGGCACCAAUGCAUGGACCGACAUCGACCAUACUGUUUACACUGUCUCGACAGCCGGAGAGCAGGGAUUUCUUCAGCUGCUCCCAAUUUACGUGGAUCACAUCUUGUACCCUACUCUCACCAAGGCAGGCUUUGUCACCGAGGUACAUCAUAUCGAUGGCAAGGGGCAAGACUCCGGUGUGGUCUACAGCGAGAUGCAAGGACGGGAAAAUACUGCCGGAGACCUCAUGGCGCUGCGUAUGCAACGCCUGCUGAAUUCAGCACGGAGCGCCUAUCGAUCCGAGACUGGGGGUCUCAUGGAGGCGCUCCGUGUCUUGCCUGUUGAGCAGAUCCGGGAGUACCAUCACAAGUACUACGUCCCUCAUAAUUUGUCGCUCAUCGUGACCGGCAAGUUGGCCUCUGGUACCACCUCCCUCCUCAAUGUUAUUCAGAACCAGAUCGAACCGUCCAUUAUCAGACAUGGUCAGAAUCAAGGAUCACGACCGAAAGGUUGGAAGCGGCCCUUCGUAGAAACGGCCAGCGCGCUUCGAGAACCUCUCAAACACAAUGUGAAGGAGACUAUCGAGUUCCCGGAGAAGGACGAAAGCGUGGGCGAAGUACAGUUAACGUUCAUGGGCCCACCUCCGAAUGCAUUCCUGGAGAGAAAGGCACUUGACAUCCUCGCCACGUACUUGACGUCUUCUCCGGUCGCACCUCUUAACAAGGAAUUUGUGGAGAUCGAGUCGCCGUUGUGCACUUACAUCUAUUUCGGAGAGGAUACACGAGCCACACUGGUGGAUCUGCCGGUCUAUGUCGGUUCUGUACCGACGGAGUACCUUGAGACUUUCGACGAGAAAAUCAGGGCCAGUCUCAAGCGGAUCGUUGAUGAAGGUAUCGACAUGCAAAGGAUGUCCAUGGUCAUCAAUCGUGACGAGCGCCAGCUCCGUAGCAAGGUCGAGACAUCGAAAGGGGAUACGUUCUCCGGAACCGUCAUUGACGAUGUCCUGUACGGCGUUGAGGAUGGGUCCGAGUUAGGCCCUUCUUUGGACGAGAUAAAGCAGUACAGCCAGCUUCGCCUGUGGACAAGUACGCAGUGGACGGAUGUCUUGAAAAAGUACUACGUGGACCCUCCUUGUGUCGUUGUCCGUGGGAAGCCCUCUGCGGCAAUGGCAGAUAAGCUGGAGAAAACCGAGAAGGUUCGCAUCGCGGCCCAGAAGAAAAUGUUAGGGCCUGAGGGACUUGCGAAGGCAGAGAAAGUCCUCCAGGAUGCGAAGAAGGAGCACGACAAGGAGAUCCCAAAGGAAAUCCUGACGUCCUUCCCUGUCCCUGAUGUUAAGAGCAUCUCCUGGAUACCCGUUCAGAGCUUGCAAGAAGUUGGUAAGGGAAGGGCACGGAAGCGGACUGCGCACCAGGGUGGAAACACUGAGCUCGCGAAGCGUGUCGAGAAGGACGGUGAAGCCGUCCCAUUCUUCGUUCAGUACGAUCAUGUACAGUCCGAUUUUGUCACUAUCAAUGCCUAUUUCUCCUUGACUAACCUAUCGCAUCGACUCCGCCCAUACAUGUCAACGUACCUCUCUUCAUUCUUUUCCUUACCGGUCACGAGAAGCUCCGGGGAGAAAUUGACACAUGAAGAAGUCGUCAAUAGACUGGACAACGACACUGUCUCGUAUGAAGUCAACUUAGGCGUCAGUGGUACUUUCAGUGAGACGAUGCGGGUUACCAUUAAGGUGGAAACUGCGAUGUAUGAAAGCGCUAUUGCAUGGUUGAAAGACCUUGUAUAUGACAGUAUCUUCGACAAGGAGAGGUUACAAGUGUCAGUCGCGAAGAUCCAACAAUCAUUGCCGGAAUUGAAGAGAGACGGCGACAACGUCUUGUCAUCAGUUUCGGCGGGAUUGCUAUAUGACGAGAGCUCGACAUCUUUGGCUGGGAGCGUUCUCUCGCAGAUCGAAUUCGUACCCAAACUUGCGAAGGAUCUGCAGGAAUCACCUGACGAGGCCAUCAAAAACUUUGAAGAGAUCAGACGGCUGAUCACCGAGCCAUCUGGCGUACGAUUCUCCGUUACUGGCAAUGUGUUGGGCCUCGAGCAACCCCGUAGUCCAUGGAGAACUCAUUUCGAGAAGGCUUUGCCAGCAACUGAACUUGUCCCCAUCACCAUGACAGUUAAUACCCUUAGCUCGAUAGGCAAGGAUCCGGUGAAGAAGGCCGUAGUCGUCAGUCUCCCCACAAUCGAGAGCUCCUUCGUUGCGCACACUGCGAAAGGCAUCCAAGGCUUUGAUCAUCCUGACUUCCCAGCAAUCCGUGUGGCUCUCGAAGCGCUCAAUGCCACCGAGAGCUACCUAUGGCGUUAUAUCCGUGGCUCAGGCCUAGCCUACGGCGCCCAUAUAUCCAUCGAUCGGGAGGCCGGCCUUAUUGGAUUCAACCUGUAUCGCAGUUCGAAUAGCAUGGAGGCGUUCAGGCAGGCUUCCAUUGUUAUCAAGAGUCUCGUUGACGGCUCUAUACCACUAGAGGAUACGACAAUGGACGCAGCCAAGAGUAGUAUCGUCUUUGGAGUGACAAAAGGUGUCUCAACACCAGGUCGUGCCGCACUCUCCUCCUUCUUGAACCAGACCUUCAAGGGUGUCCCUCAAGACCACAGCAUCAAGCUCUUGGAAAAAUACCAGGCCGUCACCAAGGAGGACGUCCUGGCUGCACUGCGCAAGUACUUCCUGCCGCUCUUUGAUGCGUCGUCGUCUGUGGCGGUUGUUGUCACGGCACCGUCGAAGGCGGCUCAGAUCGGGAAGGAGCUGGCUGCUGUUGGAUAUGACGUGGAACAGCGGACCUUGGAAGUCGACCCAGACGAGGAGAGCGGCAGUGAGAGUGGCAGUGAGACAGGAAGCGAGAUGGGCGUCGAGAGCGAUGGCACCGGUGAUGCAUGA